GAUUGUCCUGAUGAGAGUGACGAAAUGAAUUGCAAUUACACUUGUGGGGGUGAUCAGCAUGAAUGCGACUGUCAUAAGAACGGUGGAAUUUGUUCAGCGGUUGAGGAUGACAAAGUACAAUGUUACGAAGAUAAAGAUGUCUGUGACGAGGACCGAGAUUGUGCAGAUUAUUCCGAUGAAAGAAACUGCACCUGUGAUAGUGAAAGUAAAAAGUGUGGCUGUAUAUUGAAGCCUGGUAACUGUACAUCAAACCUGGGAUGUGUGGAUAUAGACGACAUAUUGGAUGGAAGUAAUGACUGCGAAGACGGCUCGGAUGAACCUUGUGAAAUAGAAAUAGUAAACUCAAGAAGAUUGGUUCCUUAUUACUCCUAUGACGAACACGAGGUUGAUACAACCAUUCUUUUUCUUUGCAACGAAUCGAGUCAACGGUAUUAUAUGGAACUAAAGGGCGGGGGUCGUAGGAAAUGUAAGCAAAUAGAUUUAUAUUCGUCGGAAACUUUCACUCGUACUGAAACCAAAUGGAUAUGUCUAAGUGAUUACUAUAUUAAAAACGGCCUCGUACAAUGUAAAGAUAAAGGUUGGGUUACAGGGCCUAACUUAUGCAAUGGGUUUCCUGAUUGUGCUGACGGUUCGGACGAAUUAUACGACGUUCCAGGGUUUAAAUGCAGAGCAUUGAACGCCUAUCAACAGCAUAAACAGUCGUGUGUUCUCGCGCAGAGUAAUCUACAAGAUAAUAACUCUUACUGUGAGGAUAAAUCGGAUAUUUGUUACGUCGAUGGAAAGUUUAAAUGUUUCAAGUGUUUGGAUGGAAAAUUGUUGUUAUCUCCUAUGCAGGUUUGUGAUGGUGUUGUGGACUGUUAUGAUGCAUCUGAUGAAUGCUUAUGCGAAAACCAAACAAUAUGCAAUGAGGUUUUGGGAGAUUCUGCGGAUAAAUGUCCGAUUGGACAGCUACUGUGCAGUGGCCAGUGUCUGAGUAGCGAGCAAGUUAUUUGCAAUAAGUCGGCCAAUUGCAGUGAAGUCUCUAAUAUGAAACACUGCAGCAAAACCAAGUUAGAAGACACAGUUCAAGGGAAUGGUACUGGUUAUGUAUUUUGUCCGACUGACAGACUGAGUAUGAUCUACACAAACGCAACCAUGUGUAAUGGGAUUCCUGAGUGCUACAACAGGGGCGAUGAAUGUAACGCCGGUUGUCCAAAUCAGACGCAUUUCUGCGACGUCAAUCUAAUUUGCCACCAAGACCAAGCGUCGGCCAUCUGGGAAAGUGAGGGCCGACUUUUUCACCACAAAAGGGAAUACUGCGAUGGUAUUCCGUUGUACCAUCCUCUAUGUAAAGACGGAUUCGACGAAACAAAUUGCGAGCAUCGGUAUUAUUGCCACAACACAUCUCGUACCUUACACAGCAUUGGGGAUCAUCUUCUGUGUGACGGCGUACCUGAUUGUACGGACGGUUCUGACGAGUUAGAGUCGGAAUGUUCAGAUAGAAGGUUUUACUGCAAGAGCAAGCAACCGCUUUCAGUUUCCAGAGAUCGAGUGGAAAACGGGAUAAAAGACUGCAGUGAUGGUAGUGAUGAAUGUCCACCUGUAAGCACAAAGGAUGUCGUGUUUUCGUCCCCGUUUGAAAUGAUAGGAAGCACUUUCUUUAGAGUCAUUUUCUGGGUAAUGGGCUUCGUAGCACUUGUUGGGAACGUUAUAGUAUUUAUAUCUUCGGUUUUAGAACUAAAGACAGGCGUACGGAUGGAGCCGAUUAAGAUUUCGUUCCAUGCGUUUCUAUUGAACCUGGCCGUCUCGGAUUCUUUAAUGGGAAUUUAUCUCCUUGCAAUAUCUGGAAUAGGUGUUCAGUUUUCGGGUAGCUACUGUCACCAUGAUGCUCAAUGGAGAAGCAGUAGCCGUUGCUCGUUCUUAGGAACACUUGUAGUUAUUUCGACACAAGUUUCAGCUCUUAUUAUGGCGGCAUUGGCAACUUUUCGACUGAUCUCUGUUUAUUUUCCGAUCAAAAUGAAAUACGUGAAAAAAAGCAGUUAUAUUGGAUCGGCUAUUAGCGCGUGGGUUAUUGGCGUUUUACUAGGUUGCAUCCCUUCAAUGAGCCAGUCGGGAUACUUCGUUAAUACCUUGUGGUUCCCGAAUUAUUUCUUCGCAAAACAGGAGGUCCCUAAAAGCAAAGUAUAUUGGUUGGCCAAAAGGGCAUUUCAAUUAAUGGGCAACACUACAACACCUAAAGACUGGAUUCAGGUCAAAGAAACUAUCAAGCACGCAUUCAUGGAGCUUGAAAUAAAGGGGGAGUUCGGGUACUUUGGGGCGACCAGCGUUUGUAUGCCAAAGUUAUUUGUAAACGUUGGCGAUGAUGCCUGGGAAUAUUCAGCUUUCCUAAUCACUUUUAACUUCAUUUUAUUUAUCUACAUUGCCCUUGCCUACAUUUGCCUGUUUCGUAAAAGUAGAAAAUCUUUAAACAAACGAAACAAAAUGUCAAAAAAGUUGCUCGAAACAGUUUUUACGAUGAUUUUGUCUAAUUUUUGUUGUUGGAUACCAAUCUGUCUUUUGGGUUUCAUAAGUUUAUCGGGUGUACAUCUUGAUAAAAUUGUUUAUGUUGUAAGUGCCGGAUUAUUACUUCCUAUUAACAGUGUCUUAAACCCUUUAAUUUAUUCUAAAGUUGCACUAACUACCAUUCAGAAAAUGUGGAAAAAUUAACAAAAUACUGGAAUCUUUUGCAGGAGAUACUCGUUAUUUUUUUCAUUGUACUUUAAGACAUGAAUAUUUGCAACGUAUAUUUGUAUUUGUUCAACCAAAAUCCGAUCCAAUUUUUCUGUCUUUAAAGUUGUACUAAUGUUG